AUUAAAUCUCUUUCUUUCUCUGUGUCUUCCCAAUUGUGAGAGGUUUAAAUUUCUUCUUGUCUCUCUUUCUCUUUCUCUUUCAUCUUACCUCAUAUUUAUUAGUCUUUUUGGCUUCAACGAUGAAAAUUAUGUUGACAAAAUAAACUCUCUCACUUGUCUAAAUGCUCACCUAGAAAUGUCUCCCUCUGUUUGUCGCAAUCAAUUUAAAAAAAUACUUUGUUUUCUUUUAAUUUGUUAAUCAAUUUGUCGUUUUCUCCCGUAGGCCAAAUACCAUUUUUUUUUUGUUUUCUUGGCUUUUCGGUCUUUACCUUUAACUGACUGUGUGAAUCAUCAUCGACAAUUAUCCUCACAACAUUUGACCAGUUUUCUUGGUUCCAUUGUUUUCAUAUUCUCUUCAUAUUAUUGUUAUCACUUGACCUCCUCUCUCUCUCUCUCUUUCUCUCUCUCUCUCUCCUCCUCCUCUUUCCCUUUCUAUUUAAACACAUACACAUACAUAUGAAUAGAAACGAAGGUCUUGUUCAGAGAAGAGUUACCCAAGGGUGUAAUUCAAAUACUACAAAGCCUAUUAAUGAAUUUAAGGAUGGUACAGAUGGUGAUGUUGGAAAACAAUCAAAAUGUGAUGAUGACAAUGAUGUUGAUUCAAAGGAUACUAGAUUAACGUUGAUGGAGGAAGUAUUACUUUUAGGAUUGAAAGAUAAAGAGGGGUAUACGUCAUUUUGGAACGAUUGUAUAUCCACUGGAUUAAGAGGAUGUAUUCUUAUCGAAUUGGCACUUCGCGGUAGAAUAGAACUCGAAAAGGCUGGUAUGAGACGUAGAGGUUUAUUGUCAAGAAAAUUAAUUGUUAAAAAUCCAAAUGCAACAGGAGAUGUGCUAUUAGACGAGGCAUUAAAGCACAUAAAAGACACACAACCAGAAACACUACAAAGCUGGAUUGACUAUUUAAGUGGUGAAACCUGGAAUCCACUUAGGUUAAAAUAUCAAUUGAAGAAUGUUAGAGAACGUAUAGCUAAAAAUCUUGUGGAAAAAGGAGUUUUAACCACAGAGAAACAAAAUUUCCUACUCUUUGAUAUGACCACUCAUCCAUUGGUUGAUUCCGGAAUGAAAUCUAAGUUGAUUAAAAAAGUACAAGAUGCCGUCCUAAGUAAAUGGGUUAACGAUCCACAUCGUAUGGAUAAAAGACUAUUAGCUCUAAUUAUAUUGGCCCAUGCAUCGGACGUUUUGGAAAAUGCUUUCGUCUCACUUUCCGAUGAUGAUUAUGAAAUUGCCAUGAGAAGAGUCCGUGAACUAUUAGACCUCGAUAUGGAAAAUGAAUCUAUGAAACCAGGUUCCAAUGAGACUAUGUGGGCUAUAUUUGCUACAUUUGUUAAAUAACUAUAUAAACAUUUCCACCCGAUUCACCCAGAAAAGAGCCAUAAACAAUUUAAUUAACAACAACAACAACAACAACAACAAUAUAAAACACAAAAAGCACCAAAAAAAAAACUAAAAUUCAACUUUUUUUUUCUCUCUCUCUCUCUCUUUCCUUCAAGAGUUAAAUAUACAAAUUACAUUGACUAAUAUUGAUGAAGAAAAAAGAAAAAAAAAACCUAAAAAAGAAAAAACAAUCACUUCACCAUCUCUA